CACUGAGAAUUGUUGCCACGGGUGGCAAGGGGAGGGCAGGGGAGAGGGAGGUAAAGCGAGUGGUGGUUCUAGGGGUCGAUCGAUCGAUCCACCGGCCGGCUGGCUUGCUGCUUGCUGCUUCUGCUUCUGCUGAUGCUGCUUUGGCCUCGAGAGUGAGUCCUCCCUCGCAAGCACGCGUCGCGGGCGCCUCGGCAGGCUGGGUGGGAAGGUUUUUUCGUGCAGCUGGAGUGCGAGGAGGCGACAAUUUUUUUUGUACAAUAGUUGGGCUUUAGCAGAAGUUCGGUGUUCUCGUGGAACACUCAGCACGCGCGGGUGGUUUUAAGGAGCUGUCUUCUAGGAUAACGCUGACGGAUCCACAUUUAGUGUUAUGGUUUAUAACUGAAGACGAGAGGCACGGUAGGGAUUAGGCAUUGCGGUCAACAGGGUUCCCUGCCAUUAAGUUUUUUGACCCACUGGGAGCAGGGAGAUAUGGAUUGCUGGAGAACAUCAGGCGAAGGGGGUGGUGAAGUUUUCUUGGUUUACAUCAUGGAAUUGAGCUUCAACACUCAGUCGCAGUAAUACUUGCAGCACCGUGGCCUCCCCAAAUACAGGCAGUCUGUGUAGUCAUGGAGCCUCAGCGGCAAGGAAGCCUCUUUGGAAGGCGCUCAAGUUUCAUCAAACGAUCAGACAUUUCUGUAGAUACUGCGUCGAGACCCGAGCGGGAUGAUCCAUCCGGACUUCAUGAUGCAGGAGUCGGAUCCCCUAUGGAUUCUCCCAUAUGGAAGCGAGCUGGUUCAACAAAACGAGGCCACAGCCAACAGUUGAAUGGAAACAAUGUACACAAGACUCGUCAGAUUGAAUGGAUGAUUCAUCUCAAGGAAGUUGCCCAAGGUUUGAUGACAAAAAUUUACAGGUUGAGGCAGAUACUUGGAACGCCCGACUUUUCUGCACCACAACUUCCGGACGAUUUUUGGAAAGCAGGAGUACUACCGGAUUUGCCCAAACUUUGCACUCACGUGGUCAGGAAGUUUCCUGACCAUCCUGCAAAGUUACAACUGGAAAAGGUUGACAAGGCUGGUCUUGACUAUCUGAACGAGAAUGCUGAUAAGAUUUCAGCGGGCCUUGAACCCUGGCUUUUUGUACUUGUUGACCUGAUGAUAUUUCGUGAACAAGCGCUGCGUGUAAUCUUGGAUUUAAGCAGCACAGUUGUCACGCUACUGCCUCAGCAAAAUCCUCUUAUUCUGCACCUUUUUAUGGGCCUGUUUUGCUCCUUCAUUCGCGUGAACCUGAUGGCAGACAAGAUACCGAGGAAGAUGAUAUUGCAAAUGUACAAUCUUACACACACUAUAUUGAAGUCAGGAAGAGACUUCGAAUUUUAUCAUCGUUUGGUACAAUUUGUGGACUCGUAUGAUCUUCCUCUUAACGGCUUACAUGAUGAUCUCAACUUCGUGAGCCCCCGUAUUGGAGAGAUUCUGGAUGCUGUUGGUCCCACCAUAUUUUUGGGUGUGGAUUACCAAAGACUGCGAAAUGAAGGAUUUUUAAGCCCCUUCCACCCUCGCUAUCCGGAUAAACUCACAAACUCUGCACAUCCUGCGAGAGCGCAAGACUUAGCUCAUAUCGAUGCCUACCGUGAAUGGGUGCUCUUUGGGUAUCUUGUCUGUCCUAGCGAAUUGCUACGGACAAAUGGAAUCGAAAUUGCGAUGGCGAUUCUGCGGGAAACGUUGGUUUUAUCUCUCUUUCGUGACGAGGUCUUGCUCGUACAUGAAGAAUAUCAGCAGUAUGUACUGCCAAAGAUAGCCGAGUCCAAGAAGCUGGCUAAAGCUGGACGGGCUAAAGGAAGGGAAGCCGAUGCAGAGUAUAAUCAAGCCAAGCAGGUGGAGAAAAACAUCUGUGAGGUGCAGGAAAUAUCGAUUGCUACUUGCGACAACGUUCACAGAGAACAUCGCAUGUUUUUGAAGCAAGAACUCGGAAGGAUGGUUAUUUUUUUCUCAGACCAGCCAACUUUGCUGGCUCCGAAUAUACAGAUGGUUUUUUCAGCCAUUGCAAUGGCGCGCUCGGAAGUGAUCUGGUUUUUUAGUCAUGUUGGAGUGACAGUCGGAAAGUCGAAGGGUAAUCGAGUCACGCCGGUGGAUCUGGACAUCUCAGAUCCAAGUAUUGGAUUCUUGCUGGAUGGCAUGGAUAGAUUAAUUACCCUAAUACGCAAGUAUACUCCAGCUAUACGAGGAUUUUCCUUGGGCUAUCUCUCAGCAGCAGGGCAGAGAAUCCGUUUGCUUCUAGGUAGUCCAGGAAUGGUGGCCUUGGACAUUGAUGCUGAGCUGCGUCAUCUUUUCCUCUCUGCCUUAGAUAGUUUGGAGAAGUUGCCCAAACUGCAGAGUGAGAAGAUUGUCACCAGCCCAACAGACCUCUCAGAUUUUAGAAGAGAUUGGCUACGUACAAUGAUGCUCGUGUCGUCAGCAAGGUCUCCUAUCAAUAUUCGACAUUUGGACAAGGCUACCUUGCCAGGCAAAGAAAGUAUUGUGGCGGAAGGAAACAGGGCAUAUAUGUGGUCCAGGAGAGUGGAUGAAAUUGAACAGCAGUUGCAACAGCACGGCUCCCUCAAACUCCUGUACUUCUACAGGCAACAUGUUUCCGCGGUCUUUCGUCACACAAUGUUUGGACCAGAAGGUCGGCCCCAACAUUGUUGUGCGUGGCUCGGACUCGCCAAUGCUUUUCCUGAAAAUGCUCAUCCCACUCUUCCAGACGAGUUAUCAAAGUUUGCAAAAGAUGCAGUGUCCUACGCUCAGGCACUUAUAGAAGCAGUGAUGGGUGGUCUUGAAGGCCUGAUCAAUAUUCUUGAUUCUGAGGGGGGAUAUGGAUCGCUUGAUAAUAAACUUCUUCCAGAGCAAGCAGCCAUGCGGUUGAAUCAAGUAGGUAAAGUUGCAGGUCCACCGUCGAAGCAGGUGAAGGCGACUCCUGACUUUCCUUUGCCAGGAACCGAAAGCGAGCCAAAGAACAAAGAUUCAAUAAAGAUGUUGGAAGCCGCAGUUCAAAGACUGGUUGGUCUUUGUUCAGUCCUCAACGAGAUGGAACCUGUCAGGAUUCUCAAUCACAUCUACAUUCCUCGAGAGUACAUGAGAGAUUAUGUAAUGAACAACUUUCGAGGACGGCUUACAAAUAUUAUCUUGGUUGACGGUGAUCUGCAACGGCCUACAGUCGUCGAGGCCCGUCUGCAACGACACAUGAGUAUUAUCCAUCUGAUAGAGCAACAUGUCAGUAUGGACAUGACACGUGGAGUAAGGGAGGUGCUUUUGGCUGAAGCCUUUACAGGAAAGAUGCGUGACCUCCAUCCUGAAGAAGGGGAGGUGGGAUCUGGUGGUGACGCUGUUACAACAGUAUCUGACUGGUAUAUUGAGAACAUUGUGAAGGAUGUCAAGUUUGCUGGUGUCAUCUACUCACCGUUGGACAAGUGCUUCAAAAGCACCAGGCAAAUUGGCAGGAUACCUGCAGAGUCCGUUGCUCAUGUUACGGAAUUGAAGGCUUUCAUACGGAUGUUUGGCCCAUAUGGAACAGAUAAAUUGGAUAGUGCACUGAGGGAACAGCUUUCAAUGCACCUCACGGGUAUUGAUGUCACUAUUCGCUCAAACAAAGAGGCUUUAGAAACUCUGGCUGCUGGUAUGCACAUCAAGGGAGAAAGGGAGGCUGGAUUGAAGCAGCUGUUGGAACUUGAAACCUUGAUCAAGCUGUCGUUGCAGGUUGGUCAUAUCCUGAGUUUUAGAGCCCUACUGGCCGAAGCCACAGCACAGGUGCUGAACGCAAAUACUCCCCUUCUUUUUUCUCUCUUCACAGACUUCUCAAAGCACGCCCCUACUUCUGUUCCGGAAACGCCAGAACUUUUAAAGCUGAAGUUGUUGGCCACAAGGAUAGGAGCAUCGGAAGACCAAGAUGUGAUGUUAGUGCACUCCGUCUUGGUAGACGUUAAGGGAGCAGGUGAUUCAAUGUGGGCUCUUUUGCCAUAUCUCUAUGUCGCUUGCAUGACCUCCACGAUGUGGAACUCAAGCACAUUUAGUAUUCAUACGGGGGGCUUUUCCAACAACAUUCACUGCUUAGGAAGGUGCAUAACCGCCUUAUUCGCUGCUAGCGAAUUGGUCCGCUGCGAGCGCAAUGAGCUGCAGAGGCGUUUAAUUGCGCAAGAGCAACGAUUGACGGGGAGAAGAUUACAAGACAAUGUCAACAUGCCACCCGAAGUAAGGCAUGCAGAAGAACAAGCAGCCAUCGAGACUAAUAUUAAGGCUAUGAUGAAGACGUUUGUUCAGUGUUCAUCUGCUAUUAUGCUUGAGGCCUUAAGCGAUAGCAACAGGAGUCCAUUGGUUGCUAAGCUUGUGUUUCUGGAUCAACUCUGUGAACUCUCCCGACAUCUUCCCCGAAACACUUUGGAGCAACACAUACCUCAGAGUAUCUUGAGGUCUAUUUAUCAACUAUAUUAUGAAAACACUACGCCCACCUUAGUUCCUGUUAUUCAAAAUUGGCGACAAGUAGCUCGAAGCGACAGUCCGUCUAGAGGUAGUAGAAGGGACGUGAGUGAAUUCGGGACUAUAAGCGAGAAUGCGCCGACUACGUCUGCCGAACUUUCUCGCGCAACGUCACGGGGUUCGAUAUUCUCUGGCCCCAUCAAGUUUUCUUCACAAAGAAAGAUGCUUGAUGAUCCUCCGUUGGAUGGUGGAUCUGACUCCAAGUCUGGCAGGAAACCAGGCCGGUUCUCAGGUCCUUUAGAUUACAAUGGAGCCCGAAAAGUUUCAUUUGCUGAGAACUCAUCAGCUUCGUCAAGUGUUCAAGGUCCGCCUUCUUCGGUUCCAGCUCCUCGCCGCUAUGCUUCCUCAAGAUCAGGUCCAGUAUCCUAUGCAUAUGAUUAAUUCGGCCUUUCCGACAUCUACAUCGUAGAUAUUAUGCUUCUCCUCGAAGUUCAGCUACAUCAUGUUUGUCCUGCAUCUGAAGGACUACCACCUCCACUCAUGAUCAAAAGUGGCAGCCAGAUAGACUUGUGAUGCACACACAAACAGGCAUCGACUGCGUACACACAGAGAGGCAAAACACAACUCCUGAGAAGAGAAUCAAGGAAGGGACAGUUGUGGUUACGUUUCCAUCUCAGGUUUCGUCUUCGUGCUGGCUGGGCUAGUGACAGAGGAAAAAGAGCUCGUAGCUUUCUGGAUAUGAAUGAGCUAAUGCUUGCUGCUCAUGUUUCGGCAAGAGAUUUCGUCAUCUGAUUCUGCACCACAAAUGCUGGCACCAUAACAACAGCUCUCAACCGAACCUGUCAUCUGCUGGGCCUGGGUGUAAAUUUCAUAGAUUCCACAAGACGGUGCUUCCCGACUUAAUGUCUUCCCUUUUUAUUUAGUUGAGCAGCGUUUAAGUUGGGAACACAGGGAGAUGGAUCAUGUAUAUGCAAUUCCUACAGAGUCCCGUUUCCAGCUUUUCUGGGCAUGUAUCCCAUCCGAGACGACGGGUGGUGUUGUGAUUCCUCUCCAUUGAAAGCUUGCUCCAUCAAUCUGCAAAGUACCUUCCAUUGAUACAGAUGUCAUCAAUACGUGACUCAUUUUUGACAUACUGCAGCACCAAUUAAGUAUAGGUGCGCAGGUGUACAUUUUUUGGCCUCUCCCUACUGACAGACAGACCGACCAGGGCACUAUUCUAUUCCACUUGGAAGGAUUUAUUCUGUACAAUCCUGGACGUGCUGUCUUUUGUAAAUUAGAGGCUCUACUUGAAGCCAGUCAAGGCAAAUACUGGUGUACAUAUGCUUGUGACAUAUGCUCAGCAGCAUGGCAUCAAUUAUUUAAGAAGAUUCAUGUAUAUGAUUUGUUUAUUUUGGACUUCUCGUUCAUUGUCC